CUUGGGAGGAUCGCUCGGGACGCGCGACGCGUCGAGCUGAAAGCCACUGCGACGCCGGUUCGAAGAAGCAAAGACACCGGAGUCUGGCUCCCACCCCCAGUCUUGGUCAUCUUCCUUAUCUUCAUGGAGUCUCCACUUGGCCUGAUCUGAGCGCUUCACAGCACUUCACAGCACUAACAACUUCACUGGAAAAAGGUGGAAGAGAAGACAUCAAAAUAAGUGAGGGAUGCCAUGACGCACCAAGAUCCAAUGCAAAGUCUGUAUCAAGGAAUCCUGAACAGGUCUCUCAAAUACAAUCUGUGCCUUCGUGACAACUGUUGAAAGUGAAUGCCGUCUACUUUUCAAGCCACCGAAAAGUGUAUGAUCAAGUUCAUUGCCUUUGCAACAUGCACCUCAGGUUCCAUGCAUAUUUAUAAGCACCUUUGGAGUACAUCAUCCCGUUGUCUUCUGAAGGACGGUGACACUACAAAAGUCUGUCGAUGACUGAAUCCGAUUGUGACAUUGAUGAGCACUACAUUGUGAUGUAGACAAAGACACCAGCACUGUGAAUGUUCAAUUAUAGUGGACUUUAUGAGCAUAGACAGCAGAUUCCAGUGGUGCUUAUGUAAGUAUGCUGUAGUUCCAUAAAAAAAGAGCUGCUCGAACAUUUAACAUGGGAAAGCAGAGUAUCCUGAGAAGAUUGAUCAGGCUCAAUCUGAUUGAAAGAACGUAGUAACGACGUAAGAACUUUUUGAAAAAAGGACUCUAAGGAAUAGAAAACUGCUCUUCACUGUGUGAUAUAAAGAACAAUUUUGCGCUCGAAAAGCAGCAUAGUUAUAAAUUUUAACAAGCUUCAUAAAAAAAAAUUCUUCAAUUCACUUAUGACUAAUCAUUCGUUAAAAUAUCGUCCUGACACUGUGGACCACAUUUCUACUAACCAGAUGCUGGCUAUGGCUCUGGGAAAUAUGCACCUUGAAUGUAUAAUACCAAUCUUUGCCGAAAGGAGUGAAAACUUGCAAGACCCACGGCUUGGGCGUAUCUUCGAAAGGCAAAGUAAACUCCAAGAGCAUUGUUUCAAACCGGUGUGUUUCAGUCAUUGUCCUCAAGGGAUCAUGGACAAUGAUCUUCAACCAGAAACACAGUGUAAUCAAGAAUGGCCGCUUGCACUGGUCAACAUUAUGGAAUGUUCCGAAGCAGAUGACAAUUUGAAUGCAGAACAUUGUUUGCCUGCACUUCAUCCACAAUCGAACAUUCCAUUUCUCUCACCGACCUUUUCAUCAGAACCCUCACCAUCUGAAUGUGAGCGGCAUUCGCCAAGUAUAAAUGUUGAAAAUUGCAGUGGCUCCAAGUUGCAGUGCAGUUCUAACCAUGGAGGGCAGGUUAAUCCAUUUGGCACAGAAAAGGAGUCGCUUGAAAACGGUCGUGCUGAUCCACCAUCCUACGAGGUUGCCGAGUUUCGCGAGGUCAGUCCUAUUCGUGGCACACAUCUGCACAAGUGUCAAAAUAAUAGGCCUGCAAAUAGCACUGUACUUGACAUUGGACAUAUUCAUGGAACACAGUAUAGCAGCAACAGUGUCAUGUCUUGGCAGAGUCGUCUCGAUAUUACCUUUUCUAGUGAGACAGGGCGAAGCUACCCAUCUGAACGAAAUAUGUGGCCUGGGCGCAUAAUACCUCUUAAUCCUGUGACUGAAGAGAGACUGCAAGACCCCCGAAUUGCACCUCCUGUGUUCCGCAGUACUUGUGUUGGGCAGUUUACCUUGCGACCGGAUGACUUUCAAAGCAGUCAGCACAAGUACGUUGCCUUUGGCAGUGAUAGAAUGACCAGAAUUUCAUCAGCAGACAACAGAGUAGCUGACUUGGUCGACACCUCUGGUCGUCAGUCUGACGGAACUUCUGGAGCUACCCCUGCAGGAAACCAUGUGAAAGAUGUUUUUAAUGUCAAGUGUGAAUCGCAGGAAAUUGGCACAGUGAUGAAAGACAACAAGAACGAGUGCGUGCCUUCGCAGGCCCAAAUUGAACAAUGGUUAGCUGCAAACCGAAAGCUGUGGGACCGCAGUUUCAUUCAGUCGCCGGAGGCACCAUCAGAGCAGCUGCAGUCAGUUUAUUCUCCAAGCUCUGUAUUGUCACCACUAUUCUCGCCGGAUGUCCUCUUGUCACCGUCGUCAGUGUCAUCUCCGAUAAGAAGGCAGCCAACAAUGCAAGUGACUCAUUCUGAAAGCGACAAACAAACGCCAGCUAAGCAAGAAAGCAAGCAAGUGCUGUCCAAGCAGAAAAGUCAAGCAGACCCUCCUGAGCAAAGCAAUGAACCAGCACCAGCAGGACCAGAGCCGUCCCAAGCACUCCAUCAAAGAUGCGACUCCGGGAGCUUUGCUUAUUGGCCUCCAGUGGCCUACUGGUUUCCACUGCAACCAUUGUGGCCGCAAAUGUCAUCAGCACAAAAAUCAUGUGUGACUGCAACGCAUCCCCCAAUGCGAUCUGAAGCACCAUCAUCGGGACCUCGUUUUGCAGCAGAAGCUCCCACAAUGGCCCAAUCAGCAAAACCUGUGGUGCAAUCGCUGUCCUUGCUGGCACCGAACAUGCCGCCGCACCCUUCAGUUUUCAUGCCAGCAACUCGGCAAGUAGAAGUUGUACCACAGUACCCACGGUGUUAUCCAGCGCCGCCUCCAUUUGUACCACCAUCACAAGAACAGGUGCCCCUUGUAACAUCAGUGCCUCAUCAGCUGCCAGAAGAACGUGAGUUUUCAUUUCUGCCUACCGAGCCGCAAGUGCAUUCUGCAUAUUCACAGUCACCGGCUUAUUACGAACCUGCUUCGAUUGCGCCACCAGCAUUACAGGCACUAGCAGUGCCACAAACCUUGGGAACAGAAAGUACACACUCACAAAUGCAGCCAGAAGUAGACAUGCCAAUGCGAACACUAGUGCAGCAACCAUUUGAAUAUUCAUAUGAACAUGCACAAAUGUUGCCCAAAGCUGGAUCAGAGUUCAAGCCACAAGCUUUUCCACAAGAACGGCCCUUGGAAUGUCAACAAACGCAGACUCAAUCAGAUUCACAACUUGAACCAUCAUUGACACCACAAGGCAGCCAUUCAUCUGAGUGUCGACAAAGUGAAGCACAGACAGAGGGAGAACUUGAUGCAGAGGCACUACAGUGGCAAGAAAUUUCAUAUGUACAGAAAGAUGGGACACUUGAAGUUCUAUAUGUGCAAAAUGAGACACAAGCUGGCGCACUAGAAGAAUCACCUGAAGACUUGCAAGACAUGCUAGAAGACUCACAAAUGCAGUCAGAGGCAGACAUGCCAGUGGGAACACUAGCGCAGCAACCAGUUGAAGCUGGGGCACUAGAAGAUUCAGCUGGAGACUCGCAAGACAAACUAGAAGACUCGCAAAUGCAGUCGGAAGCAGACAUGCCAAUGGGAUCACUGGCACAGCAACCAGUUGAACAUUCAUGUAGAGAUGUACAAGUGUUGCCAGAAGCUGGAUCGGAGUUUAAGCCACGAGCUCCUCUACUAGAACUGCCCUUAGAAUAUCAACAAAUGCAGGCUCAAUCAGAUUCACUACGUGAACCAUCAGUGCCACCACAAGGCAGCCAUUCAUCUGAGUGUCCACAAAGUGAAGCACAGAUGGAGGGAGAAGUUGUGGCUGAGGCGCUAGAGUGGCAAGAAAUUUCAUAUGUACAGAAAGAUGGGACACUUGAAGUUCUGUAUGUGCCAAAUGGGACACAAGCUGGGGCACUAGAAGAUUCAGCUGGAGACUCUCAAGACAUACUAGAAGACUCUGAAAUGCAGUCAGAAGCAAACAUGCCAAUGGGAACACUGGCACAGCAACCAGUUGAAAAAUCAUAUCAAGAUGUACAAACGUCGCCAGAAGCUGGAUCGGAAUUCAAGCCACGAGCUCCUCUACUAGAACUGCCUUUAGAAUAUCAACACAUGCAGGUUCAAUCAGAUUCACUACUUGAACCAUCAUUGCCGCCACAAGGCAGCCAUUCAUCUGAGUGUCCACAAAGGGAAGCACAGAUGGAGGGAGAACUUAUGGCAGAGGCACUACAGUGGCAAGAACUUUCAUAUGAACAGCAAGGUGGGAUACUCGAAGUUCCAUAUGUGCAAUAUGGUACACAAGCUGGAGCACUAGAAGAUUGGCCUCAAGAAGAACCUUACGGUUAUUCAGUAACAGAAUGGCAAGAAGAAUAUUCAUAUGAACAACCAUAUUGGCAACCGAACACUGAAUCGUGGCUUGAAGAACUAGCUCCACCACAGUAUUCAGAAAUGCAACUUCCUGCAGAGUCACACCCUGCUGCUUUAGUGCGGCAACUAGAAAUUUUUUCAGAACAUCCUGAAAGGCCACCACAAAUUGAGUCAGGGUUUGAUCAACAAGUGCCACCUCAAUUAUGUUCAUUUUGCCAUCUGCAAACACAGCCAGGAGAGUUUCAAGUAGCCCCGUUGCAAGAAACACUUCAACACACUUGCACACAUAUGCAUCCACAAGCUGCUGCACUUUCUGCAACACCGGUACCUUGGACAGACGGACCACUGUUCACAUAUCCCAACAUGCAUCAGAGUCCAAAGUCAGCAGCUGCUCCGACAACGCCAUCCUUGGGAGCACAUCCAUUCAUGCACAUGCAUCCACAACUAGACUCAACCCAUGGGUGUGUGACAUCCUUAGGAGAACCUCGCUUCCUACAGCCUGCUAUGCAGAUGCAAGGAGAGGUGGUGCAGUCGUCAGUACAGCUUUCAUGUGCAGUGCCAACGCAACCUUUCCUACAGCAGCCAGUUUCAACAUCAGCAGCCCCUUUUUUACAACUGUGCUCAGGAAUGCAGCAAGUACAAUGUGGGCCUACGCAGUUGAUGUAUCCUGUUCCAACAGUGGAACUGCCAAAACAGCACAUGCCAUCAACACCGUUAACUCCACUUUGCACUGGACUCGUAGCUGCCCCUCAAAGUUCUGCACCCUGGCCGCUUCCUGCGAUGCAUUGCCUGAAUCAGCAAUGUGCAUCGCAUGAAACUUCUCCGGCUGUGGCUCUUUUACCAGGUACAACAAGACCAUCGACCAGAGCGGUCCCCUCUUCGACGACCUUUCAGUUACCAUUGCCAGCUUCGCAUCCAUCACUUGAAGUAGUGCCUAUGCCACCGUUGCCAACUUCCCCGCCACCCAGCAAACCACCUCCACCGUCAAUGCCUCCACCGCCAGUGUCACCACCACCUGAACGGCCUCCACCACCAUCUCCAACACCGCCUCCACCACCGGCUCCAUCACCACCACUAAACUCCCAAAGGUGCAGAAAACCCCCGCCGCCAUUUUCUCCGCCACCUCCGACUCCACUACGGCUGUCUGAAUCACCACGUUCUUCAUCACUACGCCAGUCAAAGCGGUGUGAGAAAAGUUACUCCAAGAGUUCAUCACCCUCGCGUUCGCCACAUUCCAGGUACCCCAUAUGGGCGCCGAGUUAUAAGAGGUCCUACUGCACAGAAAACAAGGGUCGCAGGCACUCAACAAAGUCCUUCAAGACUUCUAGAACCACCUGGUGACUGCCUGUGCAGGUUAGUUAACCAACACAUCUGAAUGGUGCUCUCAAGACGCAGCAUCAUUGUGGGACCUGGUCCGUUCUCACUAUGAGCAGUGGCAUUGUCUUAAUUUGUGACGAAAGCAUUUGCUAAAAUUUCUCUCUUUAGUUCUGUGCACCUUCCAAUACUUAGUUGAAAGGACAGGGCACUAUGAUUGAAAGUUAUUUGUUAACAAAUACUUGGCUUUCUAGCUUCGUUAUUGAAACAGUUAUUGGCAGAGCCAUUCAGCUUCUGUUAUACACUGUAUGCGUGCCGUUCCUUUUCUUCAAGGCACAAAAUUGCAAGUGCCCUAUCACAAAGCUGUAUACUUUGUGCAUGCUACUCCUCAACAAUGGCGCAAUAGUCUUCCAAUGAUUUUCUUAAUCCGCAAAUCAUUUUGAUAACAUUUUACAUUUUUCGAUGCAAGCCACAUCAGCGAACUGCAGUCAUAUUGCAAAGGUGGAAGGUGCUGCCUUUACAUAGAAUAUCAGUUUACAUGUGUGUCAGUUUACUCACUUGACCAAUUUCUCUGUGGGAUCAGAACAGCGAUGUUAGCAUAUUGUGGUUUUUCACCUUGGCACCAUUCCUAAUUGAUGCAGUGUUCUAGUAGGCUGAUGUUAAAGCCUAGUCGAGUCAGAUUUUGCUAAUGAGACUGCCAGAGUAACAAAUGCCGAACCUUAUCUUCCUUGUGUCGUCAUUACGUCAUUGACUGUACUUGAAGAGAGGCUUUUAAUAGGGACCUCCUGUUCCUGCUUAUGUGUGUGUGCGCUUGUUUUCUUAACUGCCAUUUUUACAUAGGUUAAGUGAACUUUGAUAAAAGCAGAUGGCAGUAGGUUUUUUCUAUUCAUUACUACCUUACAGAAGGUAUUGUUUUGUGUGGUGGUUUUUGCUCAAGAGGGGAGAGUUCGAGAGCAGGAAUACCUAAUGAGAACUUUGGGUCUUGAAGUACUUGUUUCUCAGUUAUUCUUUUACGUUGAUGGCUAUUUAUAUGGGUAUAGUCACUUUUCGCCCAAGUGUGUUCCAUAGUAUCUGACAGUGGCUGUGAUCUAUUAUUGUGAUAAUGUAACCAUAGACCAGCACUGCUGUUUUAAAAUGGGCUACAUAAACGAAAAAUGUGUAAAAUCUAGUCACUGUUUUCAUAGAUGCUGUGAUCCUUAAUGUGUUUUAACAAAUGUUGUUUAUGGAACACCGAGAAUGCCCAUUGAAGCAAUGCUCUGAACGAGUGCCUGUGUAUACAACUGUACCGACCAACCGCAGAUAGAUGUUGAAAAGGUGGACGUCGCUGUAUUAAUGUGUAGUCAAGUUGAUUGCUAGUAAGGUUCGCUGGUUGUACUGCACUAAUUUUUAACAUCAUGCUUUGGUCUGAACAGCCUAAAAUUGCUGCUUGUGUGUUCUGCCUUUCAUUGUGUGUAAUCAUGCAUAUGUUCCAUCAUUGUUUACCGGUUGUCAGUCUCUACCUUCUGGAAGAACUGUUUUGUACUCUUUGUUUCGCCCACGCUCUUGCGAAAAGCAACGCAGAAUAUUUUUGCAAUAAAAAAUUCUUCCUUUGUUUGUA